UAAGAAUUAUUAAGAGUAGAGUAGUUGCAUGAUUGGUGCUAUAAAAAUCUGAGAGCAAGGUGAGUCCACAGCUGACAGCACUGUUACUCUUGAAAUCUUCAUCAAUGGAAGAUGGGAAUAAUAAUAACAUUAGAGAAGCAUUAUUAUUGGUGAAGAAAGAAGAAGUGUAUUAUGAGAAUUGCCCUGGUUGCAAGGUUGAUAAAGCCAAACACCUCACAAAUGGAAUCUCAAUUCGGAAUCUUCUUUAUAUAUGGCUUGCAGUCUUAUGUGGAACGCUGCCUGUAUGUUCUCUCUUUCCAUUUGUUUAUUUCAUGGUAAAAGAUUUUCAUAUUGCAGAAAGAGAGGAAGAUAUCAGUUCCUAUGCUGGUUAUGUAGGAUCUUCAUUCAUGCUGGGGAGAGCUCUAACAUCUAUAUUAUGGGGAAUGGUAUCUGAUCGUUAUGGUAGAAAACCCGUUAUUAUUUUUGGUGUUAUUACUGUUGUGAUAUUCAACACAUUAUUUGGCCUCAGCACAAAUCUUUGGAUGGCUAUUAGCAUGAGAUUUCUACUUGGAAGUUUAAAUGGUUUGCUUGGACCAAUAAAAGCUUAUGCUACUGAGAUUUGCAGAGAAGAACACCAAGCUAUUGGACUCUCAACCGUUGUUGCAGCUUGGGGAGUAGGUUUAGUCGUUGGACCAGCAUUGGGAGGUUAUCUUGCUCAGCCAGUAGAGAAAUACCCAAAUAUAUUUCCAAAGAAUUCCUUUUGGGAUAGGUUUCCAUAUUUCUUGCCCUGCUUCAUAAUAUCAGUUUUUGCAUUUGUGGUAGCAAUUGCAUGCAUUUGGCUUCCGGAGACACUUCACAACCACAAAGAUAACAAUAAAUCCAUUGAUAAAGCUGAAGCUUUAGAAGCUGGAAGUAAUAAUGAUGAUGAAGCUGAAGAAGAAAAAAGUAUCUUCCAAAAUUGGCCCUUAAUGUCCUCUGUCAUUGUCUACUGUGUUUUCUCACUUCAUGACAUUGCUUAUCAAGAGGUAAUUAUUAUUAUUAUUGUUGUUGUUAUUGUUGCUAACUCUUUAGAGGUAAUUAUAAUACUUGUAAUUUAUAUUAUGCAGGUGUUAAGUAUACCAUUGUUGCAAAGUUAUCCUUUCAUGAGAAUGUUAUCAGGCUUCACACUCUACGCAGUUAUAAGUUCUGCUUCCAUUCUUAAAAGUCUUGCAACUGUAACAAUUGCAACCGGUUUGUUCAUUCUGCAAAAUAGAGCAGUGGAACAACAUCAAAGAGGGGCAGCAAAUGGCAUUGCCAUGACUGCUAUGUCUGCAUUCAAAACAAUUGGCCCAGCUGCAGGUGGUGCAUUGUGA